CGAUGAUUUUGCAAUCUAUGGUUUCUUAACUUAUAAUAUGAAUUUCCAGAUCCCUGGUCAUACUUUGUCGGCUGGUUUACAUCUGCACUCGGGGGCUAUUUCAGAUCCCCUCAUUCGGCCAAUUCUCAGGGACAAACAGCAGAUACUCGGGCCAGGAAGAUACCACCCCCAGGCUCUUUUAACAGAGAUAACAAAGAUUUACAAGAAAUUUUGCAACAGAGUAAACUUUAGUCUUUUCUGCUUUCUUUUCAUUUAAUAGGGAGGGACUGUGAGAUGAAAGGGCAUUUAUUUAAGAAGAGGGGGAGGUUGUUGUGAGGGCUGGAGGAGGGUGUGAGGACUGCAUAUACUCUACGCUUUGCACUGUUUGUGUCACUGAUCCAUCUGUCCACCAUGGCCCCCAUCUUUCUGCUGCUCCAGGCUGUGGUAGGGGCUUUCCUAUUCCUGUACUUUCCAGGUAAGCUAUCCUUCUAAACAUAAUAUAUCGGGGACUGGGCAUACAAUAAUGGGGGGCUGUAACAUUAUAUAUCAGGGACUAGGCAUACGAUAAUGGGGGGCUGUAACAUUAUAUAUCGGGGACUGGGCAUACGAUAAUGGGGGGCUGUAACAUUAUAUAUCGGGGACUGGGCAUACGAUAAUGGGGGGCUGUAACAUUAUAUAUCGGGGACUGGGCAUACGAUAAUGGGGGGCUGUAACAUUAUAUAUCGGGGACUGGGCAUACGAUAAUGGGGGGCUGUAACAUUAUAUAUCGGGGACUGGGCAUACGAUAAUGGGGGGCUGUAACAUUAUAUAUCGGGGACUGGGCAUACGAUAAUGGGGGGCUGUAACAUUAUAUAUCGGGGACUGGGCAUACGAUAAUGGGGGGCUGUAACAUUAUAUAUCGGGGACUGGGCAUACGAUAAUGGGGGGCUGUAACAUUAUAUAUCGGGGACUGGGCAUACGAUAAUCGGGGGCUGUAACAUUAUAUGUCGGGGACUGGGCAUCCUAUAAGGGGGGCUGUAACAUUAUAUGUCAGAGACUGGGCAUCCUAUAAUGGGGGACUGUAACAUUAUGUAUAGGGUACUGGGCAUCCGAUAAUGGGGGGCUGUAACAUUAUGUAUAGGGUACUGGGCAUCCGAUAAUGGGGGGCUGUAACAUUAUGUAUAGGGUACUGGGCAUCCGAUAAGGGGGGGCUGUAACAUAUAUCGGGGACUGGGCAUCCUAUAAUGGGGGCUGUAACAUUAUGUAUAAGGGACUGGGCAUCCUAUAAUGGGGGGCUGUAACAUUAUAUAUCGGGGACUGGGCAUCCGAUAAUGGGGGGCUGUAACAUUAUAUAUCGGGGACUGGGCAUCCGAUAAUGGGGAGCUGUAACAUUAUAUAUCGGGGACUGGGCAUCCGAUAAUGGGGGGCUGUAACAUAAUAUAUUGGUGACUUGGCAUUGUAUAAUGGGGUGCUGAGAACUCAUGGUGUGAGUGAACGAGAUCCCCCCAGGUUUCAGUGUAGAGAACAGAUCACAGGAUCAUUUGACCACGUUAUAGAAAGACAUUAAUCAGUAACAGACCGACCUUCCGGGAAGUGUUUGGCUGAGGUGGUCAGUGACAAGCUGGGAGACAUGAAGUCCAGAUACCUAUCAGUUUCACAUCGCCAACAUUCUACCAAAAGAAAGGCUUAGCGGCACUAGAACUUACACUUACUGUCUGUAAUACUACUCCAGGAGGGACUUAACCCUGGGUUUACAAACAAACAAAGUUGUGUAGGCACUUCCAUUAAAAACAGUAAAUGGAUAACCAAUGGGUGUAAUAAAGGUGUACUUCCCUACCACCGCAGAAUAAUAUCCAACAAAAUACAAUUCCAAUUUUAAAUGAAACAGUAAUACAAGGAAAGAAAGAUAGUUGUGUAGGCGCUUCCAAUGUAUCCGUCGGGAGCCGAAACACGUCUGCAGCUUGUUGAUGCAAGGAAUUCACGGAGGACUUUUGCGGGUGACUCUUUAUAUUUCCUGCCUUUGCUUAUUAUUUUUGUGGAGGUUUCCAUCUUUAACCUUAGGCUUGUUUAUGCGCUAAUUAUAUGUGUCCUUGAGUUUCUUUGUGUAUUUUUUUUUUUUUAUAAUUGUUUUGUAAUUUUUGUAUUUAUAAAUAUAUAAAUGUUUGAACGCUUGCUGUGAUCCGGUGUUCCUGUUGGAGACACACAUUCAUAGACUGAAUUGGCACCCUUGAGCUGUUUGUAUAGAGCCUGGCACGGCUCGACCUUUGUGAGUUCUAUUCUUCCCUCAUAAUCUGAAUUGACUGUAUUUUUACAGAUUGCAUGGCAGAUAUUUGUUUUCUGAUCUUCCAGAUGUGAUUAUUACUCUUGUAACCCAGUAUUUAAGUAUAUAUUAUGUGCUUAUUACAGGUGGAAUUAUUCUGUAUUUUUAAACCUGGGUUCCCAGUUGUAAGGCAGUGUCAUCAAGCAGUGACGUGGUGAGGCAGUGAAGUUGUGAGGCAGUGACGUGGUGAAGCAGUGAUGUUAUAAGGCAGUGAAGGGUGAGGCAGUGAUGUGGUGAGGCAGUGACGUGGUGAGGCAGUGACGUGAGGCAGUGACACGGUGAGGCAGUGACAUUGUAAGGUAGUGACGUGGUGAGGCAGUGACAUGGUGAGGCAGGGAUGUGGUGAGGCAGUGACGUUGUGAGGCAGUGACGAGGUGAGGCAGCGACAUUGUAAAGUAGUGACGUGGUGAUUUAGUGACGGGGUGAAGCAGUGAUGUGGUGAGGCAUGGACGUGGUGAGGCAGUGACGGGGUGAGGCAGUGACGGGGUAAGUUAGUGACGUGGUGAGGCAGGGAUGUGGUGAGGCAGUGACAUUGUAAGGUAGUGAUGUGGUGAGUGUAACGGAUCACCUGGCACCCCGACUGGGUACCUCCGUUGAAGGAUGCUCCUAGUGCUUACAGAGGACUUCAGGCGCUCCGCAGACACCACAACCACUGCAGACCCCACGAACUGCCGCAGCUUGGUUGGGGUCUCGCCGUCUCCUACCCACCCUGGACCUAUGACAAGGCUCCAGGCUCCAGUGGGUGAACCUCUCCUCCAAGAGAGGGAAACAGGAACAAGCUCUUAAAAGAUCUUUGAAGUGAUUAUCCAAGGGAGCAUGCAGAGCAUAGCAAUCCCUUGCAGUGAUAUAGCAAUUCCCCCAAUAAGAGACAGGAUUGAGGGUGAAGAAGAACUCUGGUUUAAUGACACACACUCUGCUUUUAUGCAAUUCUCCCAUGCAAGGGAGGCGCCCACAGACAAUUAUACAAUAACCAAUCACACAAUGGUUACAUCCCACACAUCUCCUCCCCUUACCCUGAGAGGUAACCCAAUUAUCCGUACAUUUUAAAACAUACUUUUUACCCAACUUUCAUAACUCUAAAACCAUACAUACAAUAUUAAUAAAAGUCACAUAUUAUUAAUCAGCACAUUCCAAAUACAAACAUACCCAAAAAUCAUUUGAAUCCGUUCAGCCGUUCGGGAGAUACAUAUAAGUCACUUUUGACCGACCGCAAGCACAUUUUAAAGGACCACUCUAGGCACCCAGACCACUUCAGUUUAAUGAAGUGGUCUGUGUGCCAGGUCCAGCUAGGGUUAACCCAUUUUUUUAUAAACAUUGUAAAGUAGUGACGUGGUAAGGUAGUGAGGUGGUGAGGCAGGGACCUGGUAAGGCAGUGAUGUGGUGAGGCAGGGACCUGGUGAGGCAGUGACGUUACCUCUGCUCUAACCAGCUGAUAAAAGCGAUUUAAAGGAACAUCUUUUGUCUUUAUCGCAGAGUCGGAAGCCGUCCUGUGCUAUGAGAACUCUGACCAGGGGGUAGGAACAUGCCCCGAUGACGCUUACCUUGGGGAUGGAGUGACAGACAUCGAAUGCUGCUGGAACAUUAAAUACAGUUAUAAAACGGACGCUACUUCGCCAUGCCAGGCCUGCCGGUGAGUCAGGAUCAGUCUUACAAGGUUUCAUUAGAACCAGGACUGCCUUGUUUGUAAAGUGGUCACUGAUAUGAUUGGGCUCACUACAUAUAUUUUAUGGAUUAAAGAUUAACAAUUCUUUGGGUUGUUGAAUGUUUUUUGUUUCUUAAAAUAUUACAGCUCUCCACAGGGAGAACCAAGCUUCUUAAUGGUUACCAGGAAAUCAUAGCAAUCUCAUAUUUCAGCCCCAAACUCACUCAUAUCUCAACUGUCUGUUACAGCCCUGCUAAGUGGAGUGCCUGGAGUGAGUGGAGUCCAUGCACAGUGUCAUGUAAAGAAGGGAUUGAAAUAAGACGUCGAUCCUGCAUAGGGCAGGGGGAUUGUGACGGGGAUGCCAUCGAGGUCCAAGCAUGCAGCCUCCAAUCUUGCUGUCCAGGUGAGAUCUGCAGAACGAUGAGUGGAGGAUUAUGUGGAAAACAGUGGAAUCAUUGUCAGUGGAGUUUCACACUGAAGCACUAUGAGUGCUUACUGCACAAAGAGACCCUAUGUCUGUGCACUCAUCACUUUCUUUACAUUUCUCUCAUAUCUCUCUCCUCCCGUCCCCCAACAUCUAUCUCCUCCCAUCCCCCCACAUCUCUCUCCUCCCCUCCAUAUAUCUCCUCCCGUCCCCCAUAUCUCUCUCCUCAACGACCAAACACCACUCCCUGCGUUCAUGCAUACAAGAUUUCUGCCACCUCAUGGUCGUUCAUACGAAUUGCGGCCACCCAGACGAACAAUUAGAUUACUGCGUUGAAACUCGUUACAAGGUGUCAGUUGGGCUUAACAAGUACACGGGUGGUCUCUGGUUCGUGCAGUUGUUCAGUUUCCGAAGAACAUAAUCCCAAAUCACACGAACAGAGCCUUUUAAAGUGUAUUUUGCAGGGCUUAUAGUCCUGAGGCAGGAGGCUGGAAAGCAGGCUCCUCCAGGCGCCCGUGGCGAGAUUAACCUCGCCACACCCCAUAUCUCUCUCCUCCAGUCUCUCAUAUUUCUCUCUCCUCCAGUCCCUCAUAUCUCUCUCUCCUCCAGUCCCUCAUAUCUCUCUCUCCUCCCAUCCCUCCUAUCUCUCUCUCCUACCAUCCCUCCUAUCUCUCUCUCCUACCAUCCCUCCUAUCUCUCUCUCCUACCAUCCCUCCUAUCUCUCUCCUCCCGUCCCACCAUAUCUCUCUCCUCCCAUCCCUCAUAUCUCUCUCCUCCUAUCCCCCAUAUCUCUCUCUCCUCCGUCCCUCAGCUGUCUCUCUCCUCCCCUCCCUCAUAUUUCUCUCUCCUUCCGUCCCACCAUAGCUCUCUCUCCUCCUGUCCCACCCUAUCACUCUAUUUCCGUACCACCAUAUCUUUCUCCUCCUGUCCCAUCAAAUCUCUCUCAACUCCUGUCCCACCAAAUCUCUCUCAACUCCUGUCCUUCAUAUCUCUCUCCUCCCAUCCCACCAUAUCUCUUUUCCCUCCCACCAUAUCACUCUCCUCCUGUCCUCCCAUGUCUCUCUCCUCCCGUCCCACCAUAUCUCUCACCCCUGUCCCUCAUAUCUCUCUCCUACCAUCACACCAUAUUUCUCUUUUCCUGUCCCACCCUCUCUCUCUCCUCCUGUCUCACCAAAUCUCUCUCUCUUUCUGUCCCUCAUAUCUCUCUCCUUCCAUCCUACCAUAUCUCUCCUCCCAUCCCAUCAUAUCUCUCUCCUCUCCUCCCAUCCCACCAUAUCUCUAUCCCCUCCCACCAUAUCACUCUCGUCCUGUCCUCCCAUGUCUCUCUCCUCCCGUCCCACCAUAACUCUCACCCCUGUCCCUCAUAUCUCUCUCCUACCAUCACACCAUAUUUCUCUUUUCCUGUCCCACCCUCUCUCUCUCCUCCUGUCUCACCAAAUCUCUCUCUCUUUCUGUCCCUCAUAUCUCUCUCCUUCCAUCCCACUAUAUCUCUCCUCCCAUCCCAUCAUAUCUCCCUCCUCCUAUCCCACCAUAUCUCUCUCCUCCCGUCCCACCAUAUCUCUCUCCUCCCGUCCCACCAUAUCGCUCUCCUCCCGUCCCACCAUAUCGCUCUACUCCCGUCCCACCAUAUCGCUCUACUCCCGUCCCACCAUAUCGCUCUACUCCCGUCCCACCAUAUCUCUUUCUCUUCCCAUCCCACCAUAUCACUAUUCUUCCGUCACUUGUUACCCUUUUGUCAUUUUGCUCAGAGAAUGGUGGUUGGUCGGGGUGGUCUUCGUGGUCACAGUGCUCCGUCACUUGUGAACGGGGGACAAUGGAGAGGACAAGGGAAUGUAAUAACCCCCCACCUGAAUGCGGAGGUACUUGCCCUGGAACUAAGAAGGAAGUAGCGCCAUGUGAUACUCAACAAAUCUGCCCCAGUAAGUGCUCACUCAUAGUUGUAGCAUAGGGGGCUUAGAAUACACUAAUAUACACUGAUCAACAUACAGGGAUAACCUGGAUUCAUAGACAGGAUUAGUCUACUAAUUUUCACGGGGAAAAUAUACCCUCACAUUCUGGGGUUUAUCCCAAUGCAUCCAAUAAUAUAAAGUACAUUUAUCUAACGUGGAUAGAUGUCUGGAGUAUCCCUUUGAAGGGUUUAUAUUAUUAAAGGGUACACUCCAGGCUCCCACACACGUUAGGUGCACUGUGUAAGUUAGGUUACAGUUAGUUAUACUGGGUGGAUUUAUAUUAUUAAAGGGACACUCCAGGCUCCCACACACGUUAGGUGCACUGUGUAGGUUAGGUUACAGUUAGUUAUACUGGGUGGGUUUAUAUUAUUAAAGGGACACUCCAGGCUCCCACACACGUUAGAUGCACUGUGUAGGUUAGGUUACAGUUAGUUAUACUGGGUGGGUUUAUAUUAUUAAAGGGACACUCCAGGCUCCCACACACGUUAGAUGCACUGUGUAGGUUAGGUUACAGUUAGUUAUACUGGGUGGGUUUAUAUUAUUAAAGGGACACUCCAGGCUCCCACACAUGCUAAAUGCAUUGUUUAGGUUAGGUUACAGUUAGUUAUACUGGGUGGGUUUAUAUUAUUAAAGGGACACUCCAGGUUCCCACACACAUUAGAUGCACUGUGUAGGUAGGUUACAGUUAUACCGGGUGGGUUGUUAUCAGUGUCCUGGAUGACAGUGCAUUUAACUAUGGUCUUUCUCUCUCAGCUCAUGGUUCCUGGGGAAGCUGGGGUUCUUGGGGUGCCUGUUCUGGUGCUUGUAUCACAGAGGGCUCUGCGAUUUUUCCUAACCAAGUGCGUCAGAGAUCAUGUAACAACCCUACUCCUUCGACCAAUCCUCCUGGAAAUCCAUGCACAGGGGACAAGCAGGAAAUUCAAGACUGUAAGACCCUUCCAUUCUGUCCAGGUAAGAAACAGACACAUCUUCCUGCUGUAUAAGGAAUCUGGUUUUCAGUUCGAAGUUCUGUUUAAUUAAUGAAACCCUGACAUGUAAAGUGUUUUCCUGGCUAAUCAUGGCAGCAUAUACACAUGGGUUAGCUCCUCCCCUACAGCCAAUAGGACAGGAAAACCACCAAGGUUUUAAAAGGAGGCUCCAUCCCUAAGGUCCUCAGUCUUUUUCCUGUCCUACAGCCCUUAGGACGUGAGCAAUUUGCUCCCUUUACUUAUGGACAUGUAUGUUGUUUUAUCUUCAUUACUUUAUUUUCUGUGUUACUGUAGUACAUUAUGCAGUUAUGCUUUUAUGCUGUGAUGCAUUUAAGCUUUGAUAUCUUUAACCCCUUAAGGACCAAACUUGUGGAAUAAAAAGGGAACCAUGACAUGUCACAGGUGUCCUUAAGAGGUUAAACUAGUGCAUUAUACAUCUGUACCUUAUUUUUAAGAUUGUGGUACAUAACGCGGUUGUGCUUUUACUAGGAAGCAUUUAAGCUGUUGCAUUUAAAACUGUUUUCAUUUAAAGUUGCAUGUAAUACCGCAAGUCAUUGACGACUGCAGUGCUUUUGAAGACUGCAGUUUGUUUGAAAACUGUGAUACAUUUUGGAAACUGUGAUACAUUUUGAAAACUGUGAUACAUUUUGGAAACUGUGAUACAUUUUGAAAACUGUGAUACAUUUUGGAAGCUGUGAUACAUUUUGGAAACUGUGAUACAUUUUGGAAACUGUGAUACAUUUUGGAAACUGUGAUACAUUUUGUGUGUUACCUUUUAUACCUUGCGGCCUUUAGACUGUGGUGCCUUUAAAAUUGAUUUUUUGCUCCUGGUUUCCUUUUAAACUUCCUUGCAGGCACUUUUUUAAUCUAUGUUGCUUCCCCUCGGUCCCAGUGAUUUAUUCCUGGUUCCCUGGGUGUUUAGGGGCCAUGUAGGCUUCAGACAGAGUCCUCUCCCUGGUCUCUAACAGCAAACACACUCGGAAUAGGCCCACAUGUGUGCAGUUUGUGCCUUAUUGGGCCUAAUACAGAGGACUUGCAUUGUGGGAAUACAAGUUGUGGCAGCCAUCUUGGAUAAGGGCAAUUGCCAGAAAGUGCCUAAAAUAAAGGGAAAAUUACAGUAAACAUACACUUAUUGGGUAAGUAUUGGCAGGGUCUCCAGACAUGGAUAAGUGCUGUCUUCAGCCUGUUUUAAAGCUGUUUCGCUGGUUUCUUAUAGAAUUUAACAGUGCACAUUUUUUCUUAAUACUUUACCACAGGUAAUAUUUAGUUAUUAUUUGUCAGGUGUCUGAUUCUUCACCAGGAUCUGGAUAUGAGGAGAAUACAGUGGAAGGAAUCGGUUAUGCACUGACUGCCUCCAGAAGGUUGUCGCUUCAGCAUGACCUAUCACUGUGCAGCCACAUGACAUGCGGGCAGGGCUUACAAAGUAAGUUCCAGAGGCCUUAGGGGUAAGAAAAGAGGCCAGGCUUUACCCUGUGGAGGAAGUUAUUUCCAACCCCAGAACUACACCACCUAAGUUGCACACUUAUGGAUCAUAGGUGGACGCAGACCUGUCCAAAAUUUUACGCCUACCAUUGCAGGAGGCCAGCCAGCUGUGAUUUCUGCUGCUGUUUCUACAAACAUGAGUUAUGUGAUUAAAGAUCUAAAGGCUACUAUGAAGAGAGAUAUUAAAGGCCAAGAUUGAAGAGGCAGUCUGAAGUCUUCUGGUUACAACUGACUUCUUCACAGAAACUUCCCUAGAUGUAACUAGGAUAGUCUGUGGAUCAAAUGGCUUUAUCUAUAGCAGCUAAGAAAGCAUUAUGGUUCUGUUUCUGGGAUGAUGACUCAUCCUCAAAGUCUGCCCUCUACACCAUUCUAUUUGAAGGGGUGGUGCUGUUUGGGGAAUAAUUCCAUUGAAAAGGCGAAUGAGGGCUGCAAAAUAUUGGUACCUUAGGAUGGAAGUUCCAAGGAUCCCAGCUCCUCAUAGUCUGACCGGAGAACCUCCAGUGACCAGUAUUUCUGAGAUACAUGAAGCUACUGGCCCUGCGGGGAAUACUCCAGAGGUAACUCAUGGCAGUUGGUAAACCUGCCUUUCAAGGUUCUAAUGUAGCUAUAACGCAGUUGUUUUGCUCUUCAGCAAUGAACAUAUCUCUUCCAUUACUAGGAGCCUCAUUUUUCUGAUUACACAUACCUGGGCUUGUCAUACUCUGGAGGCUUGAGUGUUAUCCAUGGCCCAGAUUGAUAUAGACUGGAGUUUUUUCUUAACAGGCACGGGCCUCCAUACCAACAGGAGCAUUAAGACCAAUGAAUCAAAAGGUAAAGCACUGAAGGAAGAAGCCUUCUUGACAAAGAGGUGAUUUUUUUUUAGGUCCCAGAACAAGAGCAGUUCCAGGGACAAGUUUCAACCCCUCUUCUGGUGCUAAGAGGAAAAGCACAUGAAAGUCUACACUGGAUCUAAGAGGGGCCAACAAGAGGCUGAAUGUUAGUCUUCAGGAUGGAGUCAAUCAGAUCCAUAUCUCAAGCAAUCUGGAAGGAUAAUUGCCUUACCUCUAUAUAUCUCAAGGAUGCUUACUUUCAGUCCAAUCUGCAGAGAUCUUCGGCAUUAGCUCAGAAGAGAACUUCCAUGUUAGUGCCCUACCAUUUGGCCUCAAUGCGGCCCCAAGAAUCUUUCUAUGUGCUUAUAGUGUUAUUGAGAGUCCAGAACUCCACCUGGUUCCAUUAUCUGGAGGAUCUACUUGUGAUAGCCUUAGACCCUCAGAAGGCAGGCACACAUAGGUAUAUAGUUCUUUCAUAACUCCUAAAGUUUGGCUGCUUGAUGAAUAUCAAGAAAAGCAGUUUCAGACCAGCUCAGUGAUUGACAUUCCUGAGUUGAAAAUUCUAGACUCUGCUUUUCCCUAUCUCGGGAACAGUUCCACAGAUUUUAAAGGUUUUCUCUCACAGUUUCUUCAUUUCUGCUUGGUAACAGCAAGAAAAUAGAUGCAACUACUAGGAAUCCGGGCUUCCACCAGCAGACUUGUCAGAGGGGCCCAAUGGCAUCUCUGGAUUCCUUACAGAUCCUUCCUAUCUUGGUCUAACAAGAGAGAGAUUAUUGGAGCCAGCCACUUACUAUGUCCUCAUCAGUGGAGUUGCACCUUACCCUGGCUGCUGAAAGAGGGAUUGGAUCUCUGAGUUUCCAGUGAACAGAACCUCAUUGGUCAAUUAUUAGCUCGAAUUCCAGUUUUUAUAAGAUUGGUUGCACAGUGUUUGGACCAUGUUGCACAAUAUUUCCAUUCAUUUGUAUGGAAUUAAGAGUCAUUUUCUAGGCUCUUCUUCACUUCAGAGGCUUGCUGAAGAACGAGUGGGUCCAAAUUUGCUCAAAUUUCAAUGCAACUGUAUCCUAUAUCUACCAAGAUGGGUAUCACAGAUACGUAUUGAUGGAAUUCCAGCCCAUAAUGAUCAGGGCACAGAAGAACAACCAGUGGCUCAGAAUACCAUGGCUGUUUGCUGGAGCCGAAUAACUGUGCCAAGGUGGAUUGGCAACCAUGUCCUUACGGAUCCUCGUGGUUGACGCAGAUUGUUUGAUGGCCAUUUCUUGAAACUACCAGGUCCAGAAGUAUUUUUUACAUGCUAGGACCAGAAUGCUCAGGUUCAGGAUACACUGGCUCAAAUUUAGAAUUUUAGUAUGAUGUACAUAUUUUCCUGUUUUCAACUUUCUUAAAAAGGCAAUGCAAGAGGUGACAGUGGAAGACCGUGUCGACUCUAAUUCCUAUGAUGAAUAAGAUGAUUCUGGAACCUCCAAGGGAAAUUCCUGUACGUCCAGACCUAUUACAAGGCCCCAUGACACACCAGGAUCCUCAAGUUCUGGUGUUGAUGCGGGAGUCCAUAUUAGUAUAGGCAUCCCUGAGACGGUCAUUGAGAUCCUCUUACAAUCCUAUACAGGCUUUACUAAGCUUGACAUGCUUUUGUCUGUUGGAAUUACUCCUCGUUCAGGCCUUGAAAGGUUCUGUGUUAUAACACUCUAGAGGAACACUUAGCUGCACUUUGCUUCAUAUAGGCAUUGAUUGAAAUCAUGCCUCCACUGAGUGUGGUGAAGCCAAUAUGUGACAUACCAAUGGUCACACGAGCCCUGACUGAACCAUUAUUCGAACCUCUAGAAGGAGCUUCCAUGGUGGUAGCACAGAAAGUGCUGGUGGCUGGUACCCCAGCAAGAAUAAUGGGUGAACUCCAGGCUUGGUCCUGUGAGAACCCCCUUUCACUACUUUUCAACAGAUAUGAUCGUCUUGCAUUUGGCACCUGAAGAUCCUGCCUUUGGUGAAUGCUUAUCUAUGUCAUUCUCUACCUGUACUGAAGGGUACCGAUUGAGCGUUGAUGCCCCUGGUGUUUUGCUUCAUGUAAGCAACAAUUGAACUCAAGCCUCCGCUGAGGGUGUUGAAACCAAUAUGUGAUGUACCACUGGUCUCACAGACUCUGACUGUACUUCUAGCAAGAGCUUCCAUGAUGUUAGCCCAGACGUUGCUGUUGCUGGUGACUGGUACCUCAGCAGGGUGAAUGUGUGCACUUGCUGCACUUUGCUUCAUAUAGGCAUUGAUUGAAAUCAUGCCUCCACUGAGUGUGGUGAAGCCAAUAUGUGAUGUACCACUGGUCUCACGGGCCCUGACUGAACCAUUAUUCGAACCUCUAGAAGGAGCUUCCAUGGUGGUAGCACAGAAAGUGCUGGUGGCUGGUACCCCAGCAAGAAUAAUGGGUGAACUCCAGGCUUGGUCCUGUGAGAACCCCCUUUCACUACUUUUCAACAGAUAUGAUCGUCUUGCAUUUGGCACCUGAAGAUCCUGCCUUUGGUGAAUGCUUAUCUAUGUCAUUCUCUACCUGUACUGAAGGGUACCGAUUGAGCGUUGAUGCCCCUGGUGUUUUGCUUCAUGUAAGCAACAACUGAACUCAAGCCUCCGCUGAGGGUGUUGAAACCAAUAUGUGAUGUACCACUGGUCUCACAGACUCUGACUGUACUUCUAGCAAGAGCUUCCAUGAUGUUAGCCCAGACGUUGCUGUUGCUGUUGCUAGUGACUGGUACCUCAGCAGGGUGAAUGUGUGCACUUGCUGCACUUUGCUUCAUAUAGGCAUUGAUUGAAAUCAUGCCUCCACUGAGUGUGGUGAAGCCAAUAUAUGAUGUACCACUGGUCUCACGGGCCCUGACUGAACCAUUAUUUGAACCUCUAGAAGGAGCUUCCAUGGUGGUAGCACAGACAGUGCUGGUGGCUGGCACCCCAGCAAGGGAAAUGGGUGAACUCCAGGCUUGAUCCUGUGUACCCCCAUUCACUGAAUUUCAACAGGAGAUGGUUGUCAUGCACGUAGCACCAGUGAUCGUGCCCAAAGUGAGAGCUUUUCAAUGCCGUUCUCUACCUGUAGCGAAGGAUUUGGGGCAUUCUCCACUAGUGCUGUUACAGCAUCUCGUGGGCUUCCAUGGCAAUGGUCUCUGCUGAAACUUUGUAAAGUUGGCAUUUUGACCUCUUUGAACUAGUUUGUCCUGCAUUACAUAUUGGACAUUGAAGCAAUUAACGAGGCACAAUUUGGACGUCACGUCCGUUCUCUACCUGUGCUGGAGGGUAUCAGGGCACUCUCCUCUCAUGCUGUUGCAGCAUCAUGGGUUGCCAUGGCAAUGGUUUCUGCUGACACUUUUUGUAAGCUAGCAUUUGAACCUCCUUUAGACACGUUUGUCUGGCAUUUCAUACUGUUCGUUAAAACAGUCUAUGAUGCACAAUUUGGUACUCAAGUACUUAACUCAGUUCAUUCUUCUAUCUAUGUUGAAUUAUUCUGAUAAUUUGAUUGGCUAUUCUGUCCCUCCCUUUGUAAGCUUGGGUAUUCCCCAUGUGUAUAUGCUGCCAUGAUUAGCCAGGAAAGUGGAAAAUUUAUUCAUACUUACCGUAAUUUUCUUUUCCUGGCUAUUAUUCAUGGCAGCAUAUACUUCCCUCCCAUUAAUGUCUCUAUUUAUGUACUGUAGAGCUUGUAAACUGACUGAGGACCUUAGGGAUGGAGCCUCCUUUUAAAACCUUGGUGGUUUUCCUGUCCUAUCGGCUGUAGGGGAGGAGCUAACCCAUGUGUAUAUGCUGCCAUGAAUAAUAGCCAGGAAAAGAAAAUUACGGUAAGUAUGAAUAAAUUUUCCACUAUUUGGUGCCCUCUGCUGGUAGAACCACAUUUAUGCAAUUAAUUAACCUGUAGGUUGGGAUGGAGUGUAUUUUACUGGGUGUUUUCCUUUCUCUCUUUCUUUUAUAAUGCAUGUUUUCUUCACCAUUUCCUGAAUUUGAUAUGCAAAAUGUUAUUUUUUUCUUUCCUUUGGUAUCUCUAGCUAGUUAAAAAGAACCCUGCUGAACAUUUCUGAACCCUGGAUCUAACCUUGGGCUGCUCUAGAUAAAGCAGAGUUUGGGGUUCAGUCUACGGAGAGCUGCAGGAUUCGUGUUCAGUCUAUGGAGAGCUGCCGGGUUCAGUGUUCAGUCUAUGGAGAGCCGCAGGGCUCAGUAUUCAGUCUAUGGAGAGCUGCAGGGUUCAGUGUUCAGUCUAUGGAGAGCUGCAGGGUUCAGUGUUCAGUCUAUGGAGAGCUGCUGGGUUCAGUGUUCAGUCAAUGGAGAGCUGCAGGGUUCAGUGUUCAGUCUAUGGAGAGCUGCAGGGUUCAGUCUAUGGAGAGCUGCAGGGUUCAGUGUUCAGUCUAUGGAGAGCUGCAGGGUUCAGUGUUCAGUCUAUGGAGAGCUGCAGGGUUCAGUGUUCAGUCUAUGGAGAGCUGCAGGGUUCAGUGUUCAGUCUAUGGAGAGCUGCAGGGUUCAGUAUUCAGUCUAUGGAGAGCUGCAGGGUUCAGUAUUCAGUCUAUGGAGAGCUGCAGGGUUCAGUGCUCAGUCUAUGGAGAGCUGCAGGGUUCAGUGUUCAGUCUAUGGAGAGCUGCAGGGUUCAGUAUUCAGUCUAUGGAGUGCUGCAGGGUUUAGUAUUCAGUCUAUGGAGAGCUGCAGGGUUCAGUCUAUGGAGAGCUGCAGGGUUCAGUGUUCAGUCUAUGGAGAGCUGCAGGGUUCAGUGUUCAGUCUAUGGAGAGCUGCAGGGUUCAGUGUUCAGUCUAUGGAGAGCUGCAGGGUACAAUGUUCAGUCUAUGGAGAGCUGCAGGGUUCAGUAUUCAGUCUAUGGAGAGCUGCAGGGUUCAGUAUUCAGUCUAUGGAGAGCUGCAGGGUUCAGUAUUCAGUCUAUGGAGAGCUGCAGGGUUCAGUGCUCAGUCUAUGGAGAGCUGCAGGGUUCAGUAUUCAGUCUAUGGAGAGCUGCAGGGUUCAGUGCUCAGUCUAUGGAGAGCUGCAGGGUUCAGUAUUCAGUCUAUGGAGAGCUGCAGGGAUCAGUGCUCAGUCUAUGGAGAGCUGCAGGGUUCAGUAUUCAGUCUAUGGAGAGCUGCAGGGUUCAGUGUUCAGUCUAUGGAGAGCUGCAGGGUUCAGUGUUCAGUCUAUGGAGAGCUGCAGGGUUCAGUAUUCAGUCUAUAGAGAGCUGCAGGGUUCAGUGUUCAGUCUAUGGAGAGCUGCAGGGCUCAGUAUUCAGUCUGUGGAGAGCUGCAGGGCUCAGUAUUCAGUCUGUGGAGAGCUGCAGGGCUCAGUAUUCAGUCUAUGCAGAGCUGCAGGACUCAGUGUUCCGUCUAUGGAGAGCUGCAGGGUUCAGUAUUCAGUCUGAGAGCUGCUGGGGUUCAGUAUUCAGUCUAUGGAGAGCUGCAGGGUUAAGUACUCAGUCUAUGGAGAGCUGCAGGGUUCAGUGUUGAGUCUAUGGAGAGCUGCCGGGUUCAGUAUUCAGUCUAUGGAGAGCUGCCGGGUUCAGUAUUCAGUCUAUGGAGAGCUGCAGGGCUCAGUGUUCAGUCUAUGGAGAGCUGCUGGGUUCAGUAUUCAGUCUAUGGAGGGCUGCCGGGUUCAGUAUUCAGUCUAUGGAGAGCUGCAGCGUUCAGUGUUCAGUCUAUGGAGAGCUGCAGGGUUCAGUGUUCAGUCUAUGGAGAGCUGCAGAGUUCAAUCUACGGAGAGCUGCAGGAUUCGUGUUCAGUCUAUGGAGAGCUGCAGGGUUCAGUAUUCAGUCUAUAGAGAGCUGCAGGGUUCAGUAUUCAGUCUACGGAGAGCUGCAGGGUUCAGUAUUCAGUCUAUGCAGAGCUGCAGGACUCAGUGUUCCGUCUAUGGAGAGCUGCAGGGUUCAGUAUUCAGUCUAUGGAGAGCUGCUGGGGUUCAGUAUUCAGUCUAUGGAGAGCUGCAGGGUUCAGUAUUCAGUCUACGGAGAGCUGCAGGAUUCGUGUUCAGUCUAUGGAGAGCUGCAGGGUUCAGUAUUCAGUCUAUGGAGAGCUGCCGGGUUCAGUAUUCAGUCUAUGGAGAGCUGCAGGGUUCAGUAUUCAGUCUAUGGAGAGCUGCAGGGCUCAGUGUUCAGUCUAUGGAGAGCUGCUGGGUUCAGUAUUCAGUCUAUGGAGAGCUGCAGGGUUCAGUGUUCAGUCAAUGGAGAGCUGCAGGGUUCCGUGCUCAGUUAAUGGUGAGCUGCAGGGUUCCGUGCUCAGUCAAUGGAGAGCUGCAGGUUUCUACUAUUCAGUCUAUGUAGAACUGCAGGGUUCAGUGUUCAGUUAAUGGAGAGCUGCAGGGUUCAGUGCUCAGUAUAUGGAGAGCUGCAGGGUUGAUUAUUCAGUCUAUGGAGAGCUGCAGGGUUCAGUGUUCAGUCUAUGGAGAGCUGCAGGGUUCAGUAUUCAGUCUAUGGAGUGCUGCAGGGUUUAGUAUUCAGUCUAUGGAGAGCUGCAGGGUUCAGUCUAUGGAGAGCUGCAGGGUUCAGUGUUCAGUCUAUGGAGAGCUGCUGGGUUCAGUGUUCAGUCUAUGGAGAGCUGCAGGGUUCAGUAUUCAGUCUAUGGAGAGCUGCAGGGUUCAGUAUUCAGUCUAUGGAGAGCUGCAGGGUUCAGUAUUCAGUCUAUGGAGAGCUGCAGGGUUCAGUAUUCAGUCUAUGGAGAGCUGCAGGGUUCAGUGCUCAGUCUAUGGAGAGCUGCAGGGUUCAGUAUUCAGUCUAUGGAGAGCUGCAGGGUUCAGUAUUCAGUCUAUGGAGAGCUGCAUGGGUUAGUAUUCAGUCUAUGGAGAGCUGCUGGGGUUCAGUAUUCAGUCUAUGGAGAGCUGCAGGGUUCAGUCUAUGGAGAGCUGCAGGGUUCAGUGUUCAGUCUAUGGAGAGCUGCAGGGUUCAGUGUUCAGUCUAUGGAGAGCUGCAGGGCUCAGUGUUCAGUCUAUGGAGAGUUGCAGGGUUCAGUAUUCAGUCUAUGGAGAGUUGCAGGGUUCAGUAUUCAGUCUAUAGAGAGCUGCUGGGUUCAAAGUUCAGUCUAUGGAGAGCUGCAGGGUUCAGUCUAUGAAGAGCUGCAGGGCUCAGUGUUCAGUCAAUGGAUUGCAGCUGGGUUUAGUUUAUGGGGAGUAUGAUAACCUGUUCUUGCAGGGACUCUGUGCCGGCCGUUUUCAUGCUGUAAUAUGUAGCACAGAUCGUUUUAAUAGAAUGUGUAAAUGUUUGUGUGUGGGCUGUCGGUGUCCAGGCUUUGUGUUCUCUGAUCUGUUAGUGUUUCUUUAAUUUAAUCCUGCAGUUCACGGAGGAUGGGGUGAGUGGAAGAAGGUCUCCGAAUGCUCAGUCACCUGUGGCUUGGGGCGAGUGGGAGAAGAGAGGGUCUGCAAUAACCCAGCACCCAAACAUGGCGGCAGAGGUUGCCCAGGAUCCCCCAUCAGACACAUUCUCUGCAACACGAAGACUGAAUGUCCCAGUAAGUGCACAAUGUGGCCCCCAGCUUUAUAGAGCAGGACUGACUCCCCCACAUCCCUCCUUUACUCCCUCCACCUUUUAUCUCUAUUUUCCUACCCUGGACAUUGUGUUGUAGCUGUGCUGAGCCGGAUAUUCUAGGAAUCAUUGAUCAUGCUCUGAGUGUUUCAUUCCAUAUCCCGAGAACUUCAAAUGGACAAAGUGGACACUUUAAUUUUAGGGGCGUGUCUGCAGUGUGGCUAUGGGUGGGGCUGUUCUGAGUGUGAGUGAGACUGUGACCAGGGACGGGGCUGUUCUGAGAAACUUAUAACAAUGUUUUCAACUAAAAUGUAAUUUAGAAGAAGAACAAUGUAUCUUAUUGAAACGGAACCGCCUGGCACCCCUUCCGGGUACCAAGCACUCCACCUGACACCAUAACCACUGCCGACCCCACAAACCGCCGCAGCUUGGUUGGGGUCUCGCCGUCUCCACCCACUCUGGACCCAAGACCAGGGUCCAGCUGCUGGCUGCCACUGGGGAGAGACCGGUUGUCUCGUCUCCCUUGACAACACACUGCCGCUGGGGAGUCAGACCGACUGUCUCGACUCCCGGCGAUGAUGGUUGCUGCAGGGACGAGGGACUGACAAUAUCCUCUCCCUGGGAUGCUGGCUGCCGCUGGGGAGAGAGACCGAUAGCCCACAGCCCCAAUCGGAGCUCGCAUUCCCAUGCCGCUCGAUUCUCCUCUACCAACUUGUGCAUGGUUGCCAGGAUCGUCUCUGCCGAAGGAUCCAGGCCAUACCUGCUUAGCCGCCUCUUUACUUCAUCCCUGUAAGCGGCGCCCUCAAAGCGAUAGGUCAUGUUUGCUGUGAACAGGGGCGCUGUACGAAUACUAGCGUUGCCCUCAAUUUUUAAUUUCAAACGUUACCGGUGCCUCCGAGCUGCUUCUCUUCGCACUAGUACGCCAUCCCACCGCUGCCACCACUGUAACGGAACGCCUGGCACCCCGACUGGGUACCUUCCCCAACGGAUGCUACUAGUGCUCACUGAGGGCUCCAAGCACUCCACUCAACACCAUAACCACUGCAGACCCCCACGAACCGCCGCAGCUUGGUUGGGGUCUCGCUGUCCUCCACCCAAGACCAGCGUUCAGCUUCCAGUGGGUAAGCCAUGCGUUUAGACUGGAAGAAAGAAGAUUUUGUCUAAGGCAAAGGAAAGGUGUUUUUACUGUAAGAACAAUCAGAAUGUGGAAUUCUCUGCCUGAAGAAGUGUUUUUUAUAAGAGUCCAUACAGAUGUUCAAACAGCUACUAGAUGCAUACUUGCAAAAACAGAAUAUUCAAGGAUAUAAUCUUUCAAUGUAGGGUAAUAACUGCUUGAUCCAAGGAUAAAUCUGACUGCCGUUCUGGGGUCAAGAAGGGAUUUUUUCCUAGCUUGUGGCAAAACUUGUUGCUAGCUUGUUGCAAACUGGGUUGUUUUUUUUUGCCUUCUUUUGGAUCAACAGCAAAAAACAAAUGAGAGGAAGGCUGAACUUGUUGGACGCAAGUCUCUUUUCAGCUAUGUAACUAUGUAACCUCUCCUAGAAUCCAGAGAGCAGGAACCAGGAACAAGCUCUUACAAGAGCUUAAACUCAGGGGAGUAUUGUGAUAUAGCAAUCCCCAGAGUGUAGUUAUCCCAUCCACCAAACAUGAGCCAAGACUUCAUGAAGGGAUAAAGCAGGUCUGUUUAAUGCACACAAAAGGACUUUGUUUAUACAAGUUUUCAGACCAGAGGCACGCCCUCUGGACCUGGUGGGAAACUGUGACAAACAGGGACACAAACCAAUGGGAACACUAAUUAACAAAAUAACACUCUCACAUACACAGUAAAAUCCCACCCCUCUAUCAUGGAGAUAAUUGGCUUAAGGCAGUGCAGUAAACUCAAUUAUCUCCAGGUACAGAAAAUAUCUCCAUUUUACACUAACAGUAAAAAUACAUAAAAAUACACAAUUCCUUUUAUAUUACACAGAACCCCCACAUUUCUGAGCGCCCAAUAUAGGGGAACAGCGCUCAGAUCCCACGAACAGAGUAAAUUUGCCAUGGGGUUAAAGUUUUGCAAGGGCUGAUGAGAGAUUGAGGAGGGACAAAGCAGCCAGUUUAAACUGCUCUGGCAGUGUCCCUGGGACAACGCCCUGCUGGAGAUCAAUGGGACAGGAAACAGGGGGAGGGGAAUGUAGCGGAACGCCAAUAAUAAAUCCACGAAUUCCGCUGGUCCAGAAACGAAUCCACAGUCAAGCGCUGAAAACAACCAGGCAAUAUCCCCAACCUCCCAAUAACCGGACGAGACACAGUUUUGGGAGUCAACUGAAAUCCUUUUAAUCGGCAAGACAAUUUAUACAAGUCCCCAUGCAAGGGGUUUCCUGAGUCCCUCCCCAGGGGCACUCCCAGAGGGAACUACAUGGGGGACUUACAUGCCAACAUAUUUCUCCCAUCAGGCACUGCUGCACGAGAGGGAUCAUCCUCCCAGAAUGCACCGUUAAGGGGAUUAUCCCCUCGUGCAGCAGAACCGGCAAUUCACACAAAAAUCUAUAACUUUUAAAAUACACGGUGGAUUUACACGAAUGGACGUUCGGUAGAUAGCUGGGGUCUGGGCGCAUCAUUCGUGAGAUUGCCGCUCAGAUCCCAGCUAAAAUAACCGAACGCCGCACAGAAAACACAUUUCUUUCAAAUCAUACGAAAAGAACCGAUUACUUUUAAUGAACACGGUCCUGAAACUCCCGAACGUCCUGGAGGCUCAGCGGUGUUUGUGCCGUCGAAUAGCUAUUGGUAAUACUAUGCGUUCGACAACACGGACCUGCUGAGGAACAAAGGAUCCAAGAUGGCCGACCACCGCAUGGUCGGUAGUCGAACGACGGCCACCCAGGAGAGCCUCUAAUAACCGAUUGCAACAAUGUUGCAAUCGGUUAACUAGCGCCACACGCCUCUAAGUGUGUGGGCUAUCAGGGGAUAUUGCGUUCGGUUCACGAACGGCUUUCUAAAGUGCCGUUCGUGAAACGAAAGAAAAUCCCCAUACAAAACCGCCAUUUGCAUUCGACUGAAACAGCAGUACAGGCAAUACAGAAAAUACAUGAACAUUUACAUAAGUGUGAAGCGCGUAUCUCGCCUGACCUAUUGGCAACCCUUAAAGGCACAGUCUCUAGUUAUUGUCCAAGUGGCUAGGUUUGCCACAAUGCUCCCCCAGAACCAAGCCGGCAUACACAGUCUGAUCCCAACGGAUUGGCUUGGGGAUGUCCGGAGGAGUGCUCACAGAUCAUUUCUCAAGGUCUGUUUGUCUGGACAACCCGUCGGCAUUACCGUUUUGUUUCCCUGGGCGGUAGUGGAUUGUAAAGUCAAAGGGCUGCAGCGCCAAACUCCAGCGCAGCAGCCUGGCAUUGUCUCCCGCCACACGGUUUAGCCACACCAACGGGUUGUGAUCUGUGAGCAAAGAAAAGGGUUGCCCAUAGAGAUACGGCUGUAACUUUUUCAGGGCCCACACCACGGCCAGGCAUUCCUUUUCUAUGGCGGCGUAGCUCACCUCUCGGGGUAACAGUUUCCGACUCAAGUAUGCUACGGGGUGUUCUCCGCCAUCGGCUCCGACCUGGCUCAGUACUGCUCCCAAUCCAAACAUUGAGGCGUCUGUGUGAACAAGAAAACGUUUAGUUGGAUCAGGAGCAGCCAGUACAGGGGCAUUGGUCAGAGCCGUCUUCAGCUGAUUGAAUGCCUGUUCACACUCUGGGGCCCAGACGACCUGCCGGGGCAGGUUUUUCUUCGUCAAAUCAGUCAGGGGUUUGGCCAGGGCACUGUAGUUGGGCACAAAUUUUCUGUAAUACCCUGCGGUACCUAGGAAAGCCAGGACUUGGGUUUUGGUCCUAGGGGUAGGCCACUGGGCUACAGCUUCAGUCUAUGCGGGCUCAGGCUUCUGCUGCCCGCUACCAACACGGUGUCCAAAGUACUGGACCUCUGCCAUCCCUAUGUGGCAUUUGCUGGGUUUCAAGGUAAGCCCUGCCUCUCGGAUCCGAUCUAUUAACGCCCCUAUAUGUUGUAGGUGUUCUGCCCAGGUCUGACUGUAGAUGGCAAUAUCGUCCAGAUAUGCACACGCAUAGUCCUGGAACCCGUCCAGUAGCCGAUCCACCAUCCGCUGGAAUGUCGCGGGGGCGUUCUUCAUCCCGAAUGGCAUGACUCGAAAUUGGUACAAGCCAAACGGGGUGACAAACGCCGACUUAGGGAUGGCGUCCUCGGCUAGUGGAAUUUGCCAGUAUCCCUUACACAAAUCUAUGGUAGUGAGAUACUGACCCCUGGCCAUCCUAUCAAGCAGUUCGUCUAUCCGAGGCAUCGGGUAGGCGUCCGACACAGUUUUGUCGUUCAACCUCCGGUAGUCCACGCAGAACCGGGUGGUACCAUCUUUCUUGGGAACCAGGACUACCGGCGAUGCCCAGGGGCUAUCUGAGUGUUCAAUAACCCCCAACUGCAACAUCUCUUCAAUUUCUUUCCUCAUAUGUUCCCGCACGGAUUCAGGAAUCCGAUAGGGAGUCUGUCGCAUGGGAAGCUGUCCCGGGGUUUCUACUCGGUGGGUGGCUAGUGGAGUGUACCCAGGUAGGUUAGAAAAGGUGGCGCCCUUGGUUGCUAUCAGUUCUUGUACCUGGAUACGCUCUUGAGGACUUAGCCGCUCCCCCAGUUGAACCCCCUGGGAGGGUUCCUUCUGCUCCUCCUGCUCUAACAGAUCUGGAAGGGGCAGGUUCUCCUGAUCUUCGGAGGCGGGCGUGCAAAUAGCUGCCACGUCCUCCGUCCGCUCGUGGUAGGGUUUGAGCAUGUUCACAUGGAGCAUGCGUCUCUUCCCUACUCCGGAGCAUGGGCCGAUCACAUAGGUGGUAUCGCAUCUCUGCUCUACCACCUGGUAUGGGCCCUGCCAGACGGCCUGCAGUUUAUCGGUGCGGACAGGUUUAAGGAUUAGCACCUUCUGUCCCACUUGAAAACUACGGUCUCUGGCCCCUCUGUCAUACCAACGACGCUGUCGUUGCUGGGCGGCCUGGAGGUUGGUGCGCACUGCCUGGGUCAAUUCCUCCAGGCGAUCCCGGAACGCCAGCACGUAUGGUACAAUAGGGGUCCCAUCUGCGCUACUCUCUCCCUCCCAAUGCUCUCUAAUGAGAUCCAACGGCCCCCGGACCCUUCUCCCAAACAAUAGUUCAAAUGGGGAGAAACCCGUGGACUCUUGGGGCACCUCUCUGUAUGCAAACAGAUGGGGAAGGAAUCGUUCCCAGUCCUUAUGGGUCUCUCCGAAUGUCCGGAGAAUCUGUUUUAGGGUACCGUUGAAUCUCUCACAUAAUCCAUUGGAUUGCGGGUGGUAGGCGGAGUUAAUGAUCGGCUUAAUGCCGCAUAUCUUCCAUAACUGCUGAGUAACCUCAGCCGUGAAUUGGGUCCCCCUAUCGGAGACCAUUUCCUGUGGGAACCCUACUCGGGAGAAUAUCUUCAUCAAGGCUUCGGCUACGGUCUCAGCGUGUAUAUUAGUUAGGGCAAUCGCCUCGGGGUACCGGGUGGCGUAAUCCACCACGGUCAGGAUAUCCCGUUUCCCAGAAGGGCUGGGUUUUGGUAGUGGCCCUACUAUAUCCACUGCUACAUGGCUGAAUGGUUCCUCAAUUAUAGGUAGGGGACAUAGUUUUGCCUUGUGGCGAUCCCCCCUUUUACCUACCCUCUGGCACACAUCACAGGAGGUACAAUAUUGCCUCACGUCUUUAGAAAUCCCGGGCCAAAAGAAUGCGUGCGUUAAGCGAUACCGGGUCCGGGUCAUCCCUAGAUGGCCGGACAGAGGGAUAUCAUGGGCGACUCUUAGUAACUCCUGCCUAUACUUCUGGGGCACUACUAGCUGCUUGGUUUGGAGUGUCCAGAGUUGCCUAUUGCCCUUUCUGCUACCCGGUAUAGUAACUUCUUCUCCCACCUGUACUGUUCUCCCUCCCGCCCCACCUGGUCCGUAUCUACCCUAUCUCGGUAUACCUGCAGUGUGGGGUCUGUCUGCACCUCUACUUCAAACGUGGACGGGGUGUCCCAAGUCAUGUCUGUCAAGGGGGGGGUCAUGAUUUCUUACCUGAGCCUCAGAGUGUGCGGGGAAUGCCGUGGUGCGAGCCUGUUGCCGGGUGGUUACCGGAUGCGCCUCUUGUGACGGGGCCUGGGGUAGAAAAGCAGAAGUCAUCUGGCCCAAGUCAUUCCCCAAAACAACAUCGGCCGGUAGCUUUUUCAUUAUGGCCACUUCCACAACCCCCUCCCCAGCACCCCAAUUCAAAUGCACCUUGGCCGUGGGUAACCGGUACAUGGCUCCCCCUGCUACCCGGACUGCCACUGAUCCGCCAGUGUGGGCCGUAUCUGGAAUUAAAUGGGGGGCCACUAAGGUCAAGGUGGCUCCCGAGUCCCGCAGCCCCUGCACUUCUUUCCCUCCCACAAACACAACUUGGCGGUGAUGCUGCCGGUUGUCCGUGGCUUGCACAGACAUCACCUCGUACAGAACCCCCAAUGGUUCCUCGGUUGGUAUACUUGUCAGCUCCGAGUGGUCAGGUUCUGCGUGGUAGAAAUGGGCCGCCGCCCUGGGAACGGAAUUCUGCCGUACCUGGUUCCACGCCUGCCUGCUACGAUUCUGGGUGCACUCCCGGGACAUAUGCCCCCACUGCCGGCAGGUAUGGCAUUGUAUGUUGGCCCUGCCAUUGUAGCGGGCUGGCGGUGGGGGGUUUCCUAGUGGUGGCCUGAAUGGGGUAGAGUUGGCGGGUGUGGGGCUGGCUGGGUGGUGUUGUAUUGGCGGUCUUAGGGGACCCCUGUUGGUGAGCCCAUGGUGUCUCCGGGCAUCAAAGUGUUCGUCUGCAAAUCGGGCGGCUGCUGUGAGGGUGAGAGGUUUUCUGUCCCUUACCCACUCCUGUGCCUCUGGUGACAGACCGUUGAAGAAUUGCUCCAGCAAGAUGAGUUGGCGCAGUUCCUCCAUGGUGGUGGCUUGACUUGCCUGAAUCUCACCCUUGCGAAGCUUGGUCCAGCUUAUGCGCCCAUUCUGCGUGGGAAUCUCUUUCGGGCUUUUUCAAUCCCCGAAAUUUCCGUCGGUAUGCCUCUGGGGUUAUGGCAUAUCUCGAAAUCCUGCAGAUAUCCGUCUAUCUCAUCCUUCUCCUCGCAGAAUGCUUUAAAUGCCUGGUACGGUAUUUUCUGCUUUGUUGGAGGCAGGGAUGGCAUGAGUUGACGAUGGAUUCUGCCCUGGAUGGUGACCUCUGGUGUUGCUGUGCCAUAAUGUAGUCCUGGACGUCGGCCAUUAGCACGGUUAAGAUGUCCAGGGUUACUGGCUGUGGUACAAAUUCCAGCCGGGUUCUCAGUUCCCUCUGGUAUGGUGUUUCCUCUCUGGCAUGUGGGGGUGGACUGCUGUGUGCUUGGUCGCCCUCCAUUAGCUCUGCAAUCAGUACUGCCUUCGAUUUGUUGCUAGCGCUUUUCCCUCUAGCCUCCAGCAGCUCCUUUAGCGUCUGUCUCUUUAACGCCGUGUAAUCAGUCCCCAUUCACUGAUCGCUUUCGUCUGCUUGUUUCAUACGAAUUGCCUUUCCGUUCGGUUGUUCCUUUCAUUCGAAUGCGCUGUAUUCGGCUGUAGAGUUGGAUCCCGUCGCUUGCCACCAAUUGUAGCGGAACGCCAAUAAUAAAUCCACGAAUUCCGCUGGUCCAGAAACGAAUCCACAGUCAAGCGCUGAAAACAACAAGGCAAUAUCCCCAACCUCCCAAUAACCGGACGAGACACAGUUUUGGGAGUCAACUGAAAUCCUUUUAAUCGGCAAGACAAUUUAUACAAGUCCCCAUGCAAGGGGUUUCCUGAGUCCCUCCCCAGGGGCACUCCCAGAGGGAACUACAUGGGGGACUUACAUGUCAACAUAUUUCUCCCAUCAGGCACUGCUGCACGAGAGGGAUCAUCCUCCCAGAAUGCACCGUUAGGGGGAUUAUCCCCUCGUGCAGCAGAACCGGCAAUUCACACAAAAAUCUAUAACUUUUAAAAUACACGGUGGAUUUACACGAAUGGACGUUCGGUAGAUAGCUGGGGUCUGGGCGCAUCAUUCGUGAGAUUGCCGCUCAGAUCCCAGCUAAAAUAACCGAACGCCGCACAGAAAACACAUUUCUUUCAAAUCAUACGAAAAGAACCGAUUACUUUUAAUGAACACGGUCCUGAAACUCCCGAACGUCCUGGAGGCUCAGCGGUGUUUGUGCCGUCGAAUAGCUAUUGGUAAUACUAUGCGUUCGACAACACGGACCCGCUGAGGAACAAAGGAUCCAAGAUGGCCGACCGCCGCAUGGUCGGUAGUCGAACGACUGCCACCCAGGAGAGCCUCUAAUAACCGAUUGCAACAAUGUUGCAAUCGGUUAACUAGCGCCACACGCCUCUAAGUGUGUGGGUUAUCAGGGGAUAUUGUGUUUGGUUCACGAACGGCUUUCUAAAGUGCCGUUCGUGAAACGAAAGAAAAUCCCCAUACAAAGCCGCCAUUUGCAUUCGACUGAAACAGCAGUACAGGCAAUACAGAAAAUACAUGAACAUUUACAUAAGUGUGAAGCGCGUAUCUCGCCCGACCUAUUGGCAACCCUUAAAGGCACAGUCUCUAGUUAUUGUCCAAGUGGCUAGGUUUGCCACAGGGAAGAGGCACAUUCUCCCGUGGAAUCAAAGGGGCAGAAAAAGUAUGUUACAAUCCCAUAAAGGGAACGUGGGGACUCAUUGUGCAUUACCCGAGAUGGAAUCUCUGUAUUAGGGCCUUACAACCCAGUGCCAUAGUCAUGAGGCAGGAGGCUGGCAAUCAAGCUCCUCCAACAGCCAGGGGCAAAGGGCAGUUUGUCACAUAAAAAUCCAGUGACAAAAGGCAGUUUGUCACACUUAUUUACACAGACUGAUUUCUAAACACCUUUAUUGUAGUUUAAAGACACAUAACCGGGAGUAUUAUUACUGUGGAGCUCUGUUACACACUCAGACACAUUACUGGGAGUAUUAUUUAUAUGGAGCUCUGUUAUACACUCAGCAACAUUGCUCUGGAGCUCUGUUAUACACUCAGCAACAUUACUGGGAGUAUUAUUGCUGUGGAGCUCUGUUAUACACACAGACACAUUACUGGGAGUAUUAUUUAUAUGGAGCUCUGUUAUACACUCAGCAACAUUGCUCUGGAGCUCUGUUUUACACACAGACACAUUACUGGGAGUAUUAUUGCUGUGGAGCUCUGUUAUACACUCAGACACAUUACUGGGAGUAUUAUUGCUGUGGAGCUCUGUUAUACAUUCAGACACACCAACAAUAUGGAGCUUCUAGAAAAGAGGACAGAGGGAUUUAUCUCCCCAGUGCCAUUACCCGGGUAAUACACAAUGAGUCCCCACAUUCCUUAUACAGAGAUUCCAUCCCGAGUAAUACACAAUGAGUCCGCACGUUCCUUAUACAGAGAUUUCAUCCCGGGUAAUGCACAAUGAGUCCCCACGUUCCUUAUACAGAGAUUCCAUCCCGGGUAAUACACAAUGAGUCCGCACGUUCCUUAUACAGAGAUUCCAUCCCAGGUAAUACACAAGGAGUACGCACGUUCCUUAUACAGAGAUUCCAUUCCGGGUAAUACACAAUGAGUCUGCACGUUCCUUAUCCAGAGAUUCCAUCCCUGGUAAUACACAAUGAGUCCGCACGUUCCUUAUCCAGAGAUUCCAUCCCGGGUAAUACACAAUGAGUCCCACAUUCCUUAUACAGAGAUUCCAUUCCGGGUAAUACACAAUGAGUCACCACGUUCCUUAUACAGAGAUACCAUCCCGGGUAAUACACAACGAGUCUGAACGUUCCUGUUAAGACACCUCCAGUGUCUUUAGGCAAAACCGCCGUUUAGUAGACCUUCCCCGGCUGCAGUACAGUCUCCGUUCGCUUAAUCUGUAAUAUACGAACCAAAUGCAGGGGAAGCGGCAAUCUCCCGAACGAGAUCGGUGAACGGCUCCAAACUCCCGAACGGCAAUACACGAAUUGCUGGUAACCGUCUAACAGCAAUAUUCACCAAGCGGCUUCCGUUCCAUCCAGCAGUCUCUAAACGUGAAGAAGAAAUCCCCCCAAUAACGAGACAGAAGCUCCGCAUUGAGGGUCAAACAGGAUCUGGCUUUACUGUGGGCUACCUGCCCGUAUUUAUGCAGGUCUCCCACUUGGUGGACACUCCCCUAGGGGACCAAAUGGGAGACUGGAAUUACAGAUAGACAUGGGGACAUUCCAGACAUACAGUUAAAGAUUUUACCCACAGUGCAUUAUGAUUCCCUCCCCUCUGUCCUGGAGUUAAUUACUAAGUAACUCAAUUAACUCCCGAACAAAGCCAGUCGCCAUUUUAAAUAUAAAAUCACAAAAGACAUAAAAAUAUAUAACUUCACAAAAACCGAACAUUCCCCAUUCGUAUUACAUAUCCCCAGAUAGCCUGGAUCUGAGUGCAUAUUAUUGGCGAAUAGCGCUCAGAUCCCACACACAUAGUUCAAUCGCCAUGGAGUCAAAGUUCUUACAGUCUUUCGGUAUACGAAUGACUCCAUGGGAAGGCUAUCUGGGUUAGGUCUUUUCGUAUGCUCAAAAACUCCCGAACGGCCGGUGUUCGUAUGGUUUCGUGGAGGCAGCCAGGCGUUCCGUUGUUUCAGCGGUGUUCGGCAGAAAAAGUGUCCGUUUUUAGUUCCACAGAAAUAGAGCCAAACACCGCUGGGCGUUCGCUUGGUUUAAAAUGGCCGCUGCCUCGUGGUUGACAUACGAACGACGACCACCCUGAAUUCGGUUUAAUUGAGAAGUGUCUGCGGUUAACCACAACGUUCUAAUUGGGAUCAAUAGGUUAACCAGCAGCACACUUCUCUCCGGGGUGGCCGUUCGUUCGGCAGUUUUGUUCGGGGAAAAAAGAGUCAUUCGAAUGGCUGGGCAAUGGAAACCAGCCAUUCAUAUGAACGGGAGACAAACAGACGAAUGCAAUUAAAAUACAAGCAGACAGAUGGUUCUGUCACAGUUCCUUAUACAGAGAUUCCAUUCCAGUAAUACACAAUGAGUCACCACGUUCCUUAUACAGAGAUUCCAUCUCGGGUAAUACACAAUGAGUCCGCACGCUACUUAUCCAGAGAUUCCAUCCUGGGUAAUACACAAUGAGUCCGCACGUUCCUUAUACAGAGAUUCCAUCCUGGGUAAUGCACAAUGAGUCCGCACGUUCCUUAUACAGAGAUUCCAUCCUGGGUAAUGCACAAUGAGUCCCCACGUUCCUUAUACAGAAUUCCAUCCUGGGUAAUGCACAAUGAGUCCGCGCGUUCCUUAUACAGAGAUGCCAUCCCAGGUAAUACACAAUGAGACCACACGUUCCUUAUACAGAGAUGCCAUCCCGGGUAAUGCACAAUGAGUCCGCACGUUCCUUAUACAGAGAUUCCAUCCCGGGUAAUACACAAUGAGUCCCUAGUUCCUUAUACAGAGAUUCCAUCCUGGGUAAUACACAAUGAGUCCGCACGUUCCUUAUCCAGAGAUUCCAAUACACAAUGAGUCACCACGUUCCUUAUCCAGAGAUUACAUCCCGGGUAAUACACAAUGAGUCACCACGUUCCUUAUACAGAGAUUCCAUCCCGAGUAAUACACAAUGAGUCCGCACAUUCCUUAUACAGAGAUUUCAUCCCGGGUAAUGCACAAUGAGUCCCCACGUUCCUUAUACAGAGAUUCCAUCCCGGGUAAUACACAAUGAGUCCGCACGUUCCUUAUACAGAGAUUCCAUCCCGGGUAAUACACAAGGAGUACGCACGUUCCUUAUACAGAGAUUUCAUCCCGGGUAAUGCACAAUGAGUCCCCACGUUCCUUAUACAGAGAUUCCAUCCCGAGUAAUACACAAUGAGUCUGCACGUUCCUUAUACAGAGAUUCCAUUCCGGGUAAACCAUAAUGAGUCCGCACGUUCCUUAUACAGAGAUUCCAUCCCGAGUAAUGCACAACGAGUCCGCACGUUCCUUAUACAGAGAUUCCAUUCCGGGUAAUACAAAAUGAGCCACCACGUUCCUUAUACAGAGAUUCCAUCCCGAGUAAUACACAAUGAGUCCGCACGUUCCUUAUCCAGAGAUUCCAUCCCUGGUAAUACACAAUGAGUCACCACGUUCCUUAUCCAGAGAUUCCAUCCCGGGUAAUACACAAUGAGUCACCACGUUCCUUAUACAGAGAUUCCAUCCCGGGUAAUACACAAUGAGUCACCACGUUCCUUAUACAGAGAUGCCAUCCCGGGUUAUGCACAAUGAUUUUGCACGUUCCUUAUACAGAGAUUCCAUCCCGGGUAAUACACAAUGAGUCCGCACGUUCCUUAUCCAGAGAUUCCAUCCCGGGUAAUACACAAUGAGUCCCACAUUCCUUAUACAGAGAUUCCAUUCCGGGUAAUACACAAUGAGUCACCACGUUCCUUAUACAGAGAUACCAUCCCGGGUAAUACACAACGAGUCUGAACGUUCCUUAUACAGAGAUUCCAUUCCGGUAAUACACAAUGAGUCACCAAGUUCCUUAUACAGAGAUUCCAUUCCGGUAAUACACAAUGAGUCACCAAGUUCCUUAUACAGAGAUUCCAUCUCGGGUAAUACACAAUGAGUCCGCACGCUACUUAUACAGAGAUUCCAUCCUGGGUAAUACAUAAUGAGUCCGCACGUUCCUUAUACAGAGAUGCCACCCCGGGUAAUGCACAACGAGUCCGCACGUUCCUUAUACAGAGAUUCCAUUCCGGGUAAUACACAAUGAGCCACCACGUUCCUUAUACAGAGAUUCCAUCCCGAGUAAUACACAAUGAGUCCGCACGUUCCAUAUCCAGAGAUUCCAUCCCGGGUAAUACACAAUGAGUCCGCACGUUCCUUAUCCAGAGAUUCCAUCCCUGGUAAUACACAAUGAGUCACCACGUUCCUUAUCCAGAGAUUCCAUUCCGGGUAAUACACAAUGAGUCACCAUGUUCCUUAUACAGAGAUACCAUCCCGGGUAAUACACAACGAGUCUGAACGUUCCUUAUACAGAGAUUCCAUUCCGGUAAUACACAAUGAGUCACCAAGUUCCUUAUACAGAGAUUCCAUCUCGGGUAAUACACAAUGAGUCCGCACGCUACUUAUACAGAGAUUCCAUCCUGGGUAAUACACAAUGAGUCCCUAGUUCCUUAUACAGAGAUUCCAUUCCGGGUAAUACACGAGUCACCACGUUCCUUAUACAGAGAUGGCCAUCCCUGGUAAUGCACAAUGAUUUUGCACGUUCCUUAUACAGAGAUUCCAUCCUGGGUAAUACACAAUGAGUCCGCACGUUCCUUAUCCAGAGAUUCCAUCCCUGGUAAUACACAAUGAGUCACCACGUUCCUUAUCCAGAGAUUCCAUCCCUGGUAAUACACAAUGAGUCACCGCGUUCCUUAUACAGAGAUUCCAUCCCGGGUAAUACACAAUGAGUCCCACAUUCCUUAUACAGAGAUACCAUCCCGGGUAAUACACAAUGAGUCACCACGUUCCUUAUCCAGAGAUUCCAUCCCGGGUAAUACACAAUGAGUCACCACGUUCCUUAUCCAGAGAUUCCAUCCCUGGUAAUACACAAUGAGUCACCGCGUUCCUUAUACAGAGAUUCCAUCCCGGGUAAUACACGAGUCACCACGUUCCUUAUACAGAGAUGCCAUCCCGGGUAAUGCACAAUGAUUUUGCACGUUCCUUAUACAGAGAUUCCAUCCUGGGUAAUACACAAUGAGUCCGCACGUUCCUUAUCCAGAGAUUCCAUCCCUGGUAAUACACAAUGAGUCACCACGUUCCUUAUCCAGAGAUUCCAUCCCGGGUAAUACACAAUGAGUCACCACGUUCCUUAUCCAGAGAUUCCAUCCCUGGUAAUACACAAUGAGUCACUGCGUUCCUUAUACAGAGAUACCAUCCCGGGUAAUACACAACGAGUCUGAACGUUCCUUAUACAGAGAUUCCAUUCCGGUAAUACACAAUGAGUCACCAAGUUCCUUAUACAGAGAUUCCAUCUCGGGUAAUACACAAUGAGUCCGCACGCUACUUAUACAGAGAUUCCAUCCUGGGUAAUACACAAUGAGUCCGCACGUUCCUUAUACAGAGAUUCCAUCCCGGGUAAUGCACAAUGAGUCCCCACGUUCCUUAUACAGAGAUUCCAUCCUGGGUAAUACACAAUGAGUCCGCACAUUCCUUAUACAGAGAUGCCAUCCCAGGUAAUACACAAUGAGUCCACACGUUCCUUAUACAGAGAUGCCAUCCCGGGUAAUGCACAAUGAGUCCGCACGUUCCUUAUACAGAGAUUCCAUCCCGGGUAAUACACAAUGAGUCACCACAUUCCUGAUACAGAGAUGCCAUCCUGGGUAAUACACAAUGAGUCCCCACGUUCCUUAUACAGAGAUUCCAUCCCGAGUAAUACGUGUAACGGACCGUUUUGCACACAAGGGGUAAAAAACGUUUAGGCGAUCGGCCCCCUUUCCAGAGAUCCAGGCACAGCUACUGCAGAACACCAAAACUCACGAACUGGAUACAAAAUAGCACUCCAACUCCCGAACUGGAACCUCCCAAAUAGCUGCUAGCAGACGAACAGGAAAAGCAGACAAUCAGCUUACACUCCUGGCAAUCAGUCUCUAACAGCAUACAGUGAAUCCCCCCAAGAACGAGACAAGGCUCCGUGUUGAGGGUCAAGCAGUGGUCUGAGGUGCUGGCACACCCAGCCUGGUUUUUAUUACAGUGUUUCAAAUACAGGACCACCCACAGGGAGGGAUAAAACAACCAAUCAUAUCACAGUUACAUCCCACAUAUUCCCUCCCCUUAUCCUGAGAGGAAACUCAAUUAUACAAACAGUUAAAACAUACUUUCUACCCAACUUUCAUAACUCCAAAACCAUACAUCACAUUCACAUAAAAUUACAUAUUCUCAAUCAAUCCAUUCAGGGGAACAACAUAUUCAAAAAUGGCACAAAUCAGACAAGGGGUUCAAAAGUUAGUAAAAAGUCCUUUGUGACUAAAUGAAGCAUGGCUUUCUGGCCCAAACCAGUUUCAGAGUCUUCUAUCCUGGAGAUAAGUAAUUCAAUUAUCUCCCAGGACAGACACAAGACUCCAUUAAGCACAUGGUUGCAAAGAGACACAAAACACUUUAAAAUACAUAAAGUCACAUUUAUUACAUAAAACACAGACAUCUAACAUAUCCCCAGAUAGCUCAGGUCCGAGCGCACAUUAUUAAGUGAAUGGCGCUCAGACCACACGAAUACAGUUUAAUCGCCAUGGAGCUAAAGUCUUUACAGUCAGUUUCAUACGAAUGGGCUCCAUGGGAUUCCUAUCUGGGGUAUAACACAUUCAAACAAAUCUACUGAACCCCAGGCAGAAAAGCACGAAUACAGCUUUUCUGCAGGCAAAAAUAAAGUCUUUUAAAAGGGGGCCAUAGUCCAAAGGCAGCAGGCGAGCAACCAGGCUUCUCCAAUGCAAUGUGGCGAGAUUGGUCUCGUCACAAUACGCAAUGAGUCCCCACGUUCCUUAUACAGAGAUUCCAUCCCGGGUAAUACACAAUGAGUCUGUACGUUCCUUAUACAGAGAUUCCAUUCCGGGUAAUACAUAAUGAGUCCGCACGUUCCUUAUACAGAGAUGCCAUCCCGGGUAAUGCACAACGAGUCCGCACGUUCCUUAUACAGAGAUUCCAUUCCGGGUAAUACACAAUGAGCCACCACGUUCUUUAUACAGAGAUUCCAUCCCGAGUAAUACACAAUGAGUCCGCACGUUCCUUAUCCAGAGAUUCCAUCCCGGGUAAUACACAAUGAGUCCGCACGUUCCUUAUCCAGAGAUUCCAUCCCUGGUAAUACACAAUGAGUCACCACGUUCCUUAUCCAGAGAUUCCAUCCCGGGUAAUACACAAUGAGUCCCACAUUCCUUAUACAGAGAUUCCAUUCCGGUAAUACACAAUGAGUCACCAAGUUCCUUAUACAGAGAUUCCAUCUCGGGUAAUACAAAAUGAGUCCGCACGCUACUUAUACAGAGAUUCCAUCCCGAGUAAUACACAAUGAGUCCCCACGUUCCUUAUCCAGAGAUUCCAUCCCGGGUAAUACACAAUGAGUCCGCACGUUCCUUAUCCAGAGAUUCCAUCCCUGGUAAUACACAAUGAGUCACCACGUUCCUUAUCCAGAGAUUCCAUCCCGGGUAAUACACAAUGAGUCCCACAUUCCUUAUACAGAGAUUCCAUUCCGGGUAAUACACAAUGAGUCACCAUGUUCCUUAUACAGAGAUACCAUCCCGGGUAAUACACAACGAGUCUGAACGUUCCUUAUACAGAGAUUCCAUUCCGGUAAUACACAAUGAGUCACCAAGUUCCUUAUACAGAGAUUCCAUCUCGGGUAAUACACAAUGAGUCCGCACGCUACUUAUACAGAGAUUCCAUCCUGGGUAAUACACAAUGAGUCCCUAGUUCCUUAUACAGAGAUUCCAUUCCGGGUAAUACACGAGUCACCACGUUCCUUAUACAGAGAUGCCGUCCCUGGUAAUGCACAAUGAUUUUGCACGUUCCUUAUACAGAGAUUCCAUCCUGGGUAAUACACAAUGAGUCCGCACGUUCCUUAUCCAGAGAUUCCAUCCCUGGUAAUACACAAUGAGUCACCACGUUCCUUAUCCAGAGAUUCCAUCCCGGGUAAUACACAAUGAGUCACCACGUUCCUUAUCCAGAGAUUCCAUCCCUGGUAAUACACAAUGAGUCACCGCGUUCCUUAUACAGAGAUUCCAUCCCGGGUAAUACACAAUGAGUCCCACAUUCCUUAUACAGAGAUUCCAUUCCGGGUAAUACACAAUGAGUCACCACGUUCCUUAUACAGAGAUACCAUCCCGGGUAAUACACAAUGAGUCACCACGUUCCUUAUCCAGAGAUUCCAUCCCGGGUAAUACACAAUGAGUCACCACGUUCCUUAUCCAGAGAUUCCAUCCCUGGUAAUACACAAUGAGUCACCGCGUUCCUUAUACAGAGAUUCCAUCCCGGGUAAUACACGAGUCACCACGUUCCUUAUACAGAGAUGCCAUCCCUGGUAAUGCACAAUGAUUUUGCACGUUCCUUAUACAGAGAUACCAUCCCGGGUAAUGCACAAUGAGUCCCACAUUCCUUAUACAGAGAUUCCAUUCCGGGUAAUACACAAUGAGUCACCACGUUCCUUAUACAGAGAUUCCAUCCCGGGUAAUACACAAUGAGUCCGCACGUUCCUUAUCCAGAGAUUCCAUCCCGGGUAAUACACAAUGAGUCCGCACGUUCCUUAUUCAGAGAUUCCAUUCCGGGUAAUACACAAUGAGUCCCCACGUUCCUUAUACAGAGAUUCCAUCCCGGGUAAUACACAAUGAUUCCACACUUUCCUUAUCGAGAGAUUCCAUCCUGGGUAAUGCAUAAUGGGUCUGCUCGUUCCUUAUACAGAGAUUCCAUUCCGGGUAAAACACAAUGAGUCCUCACGUUCCUUAUACAGAGAUUCCAUCCUGGGUAAUACACAACGAGCCCCCACUUGCCUUAUGCAGAGAUUCUAUCCCAGGUAAUACACAAUGAGUCCCCACAUUCCUUAUACAGAGAUUCCAUCCCGGGUAUUAUACAAUGAGUCCGCAAAUCCAUGUUCCUCUAUUUUAUCUUUAAAUUUUGUGAAUAUUGCCCCUCUGUUUAACUUCCUUUCCUUUCUUCCCUUACACUCUCUGUCUGGAUUAACCAGUUUUAGCACAAAUUAAAAUCCCCCUCGCUGCUUUCUUCCCCCUGAGAUUCUCUGAAAUCUCUUGUGUGCCAGCCCCAUGGCCCCCCUACCUCAUGUUUCUGUCUAACGGGAUAGAUAUUAUAUUUGUGGAAUCAAUCUGCCCUUCAACGCGUACUAUGUAUUGCACUUCCACAUUUGUAUCUGCUUCCUGUAGACAGUCAGUUCUUGGGAUCAAGUCCUUCCUAACGUUUGUCUGAUAGGUUUUGUUUUCCUCUUUGUACAGCACUGUGGAAUAUGUUGGUGCUGUAUACUAGUAAUGCACAGUGAGUGGGUGUUUUGGGCUGCCCUGCGUUACCCUGAUUCUCGUCUUACCCCCUCACAGUUGACGGAGAGUGGUCGGAGUGGCAGGACUGGUCAGACUGUCAGCUGCUCGGUGAAGACAUUCGCUGUAAGAAGAGAGCUGGGAUUCAGAGCCGGAAACGGGAAUGUUUGGGGACGAAUUAUGGGGGGAAAUGGUGCGAAACGCCCUACAGAGAGGGCCGCAACUGCUACAAUGUAGAAAAAUGUAUAAUACGUAAGUUUUUAACAACUCACACUUGUACACAGGGCUCACACUUGGAUUACACACACUGCAAACAGAUGGAGUGCACUCAACACACUGUGGGUACACACACCGCUCACACUUGGGGUACACGUUCCGCUCACACUUGUGCGGAGUAUGCUUAUUGUGUACCUCUGCAUCUCAGGUACUACCAGAUGGUCGGAGUGGAGUCCCUGGAGUUUGUGUUCUGCCUCAUGUGGUGUUUCUGAGAGGACUAGACAGAGGGUCUGUGAGCCCAUAUACCAAGAUUAUCCGUGAGUAUCUUCACCCUCAUUCUCCUAAUAGAGCUCAAUGGUAGUGGUUACCAGGUGAUGUUAAUGAUUAUUACAUUUACAGCAGAAUUUAUUACUGUGUAGUAAAAUGUCACUGCUUUCAGUUCUGUAAAUGUUUUAUUAAACAUUUCUUUCUUAGGGACACUGUGACAACAGCAACAAAAGUUUCCGAAGUGUUUUUCCAUGGAACACCCAGGUUUCAGUGUCAACCCAUCAAUAAUGAGAAAUUAAAGGUGGUGGAGACGAUUCCAUGCCAGAAUGUGCCCAAGUGCUGAUACAUGUCUCAUGGUAAGUCCAUAGGAAGGUAGGCUGAUCCCGUAUUGUACGGUCCUCUAGGGUGUAAACAUGCGCAGUCUUUUGAAUUAACAAAUUCAGGCACUUUAUUGUUGAAAUCCGCUAAGGGAGCAAGGGGGGGAGGUAGGGGCUGCAUAGGGAGCAAGGGGGGGAGGUAGGGCCUGUGAUGGGGCAGUAGUGGGGGAAAUUAUAUAGUUAAAUUUCUUUUAAAUAAAAUAAAAUUAAGUCUCAAAAUCAUCUUCUGAAGGUCCCUCACCACCCCAGGGCACACGAUGCUGACAUGCUGCCUGUUACUCUGCUCAGGGCAGCUCCGCACAGCUCACUCUGCACUGUGACUGAUGAUGUCAAUUCCUGCAGAACCAGCCAUACGGAGCUGCCCUGAGCAGUGUUACACUGAGACAGACACACUGAGGGGCAGCCUAGGGUGGACUUUGGAAAUCCCUUUAGCUGUCCCUCAGUGUCCCCAGCAAGGGGAGAAGAUUUCUAGCAGUAGGGGCUCACGGAAGACUGUAUGGGCCCCUUACUGAGUGCAGCUGGGUGGGGAGAUUGUUUAACUCCCCAGCUCAGCCAUUACUGCACUGCUCCAGCUCCCGAACAGGAAACACACGAAUGCUGUAAACAGCCGAACAGGAAAAACCAUGGGAACUGUUUACACUCCUGGCAGUCGCACUGUAACAGCAUACAAUCCAAUUCUCCUCAAGAACAAGACGACACUUCGUUUGAGGGUCAAGCAGAACUGAUUUACUGGGGCUACUUGCCCGGCUUUUAUGCAGGUCUCCCACCUGGUGGACACUGCCCUACAGGACCAGAUGGGAACAAGCUAACACUUUUAAACAGAUCCCACGAUGCACUGCAAUCCCUCCUCUCUGUCCUGGAGAUAAUUGGGAAGUAAUCCAAUUAUCUCCAAGGACAGAGGCAAAACUCCAUUAGCCACAUGUUAGUAAAAGACAUAAAAUUACACAGUGUUACAAUUACUACAUAAAACAUAUACAUUCAACAUAUCCCCAGAUAGCUUAGAUCUGAGCGCACAUUAUUACCGAAUAACGCUCAGAUCACAUACACACAGUUCAAUCGCCAUAGAGCCAAAGUCUUUCCCAUAGUCUUUCGGUAUACGAAUGAGCUCCAUGGCUUAGCUAUCUGAGGUAACACUGCUCACAUAGGGAAAAUAAAAGGUUUUUAAUAAAGGUGGGCAACCAGGCUCAUCCAGUGGCAAGGUUGGUUCCGCCACCUUGAGCAAUGGGUUGGAAACAGUCCAAAGCCCUGGCCUGGACCUUAUAUCUCCCAGUUGUAUAUAAACUGUGGAGUGGAACUCUGGCCCUCCCUACUCUCUGAAUACUCCACCCGAGGGGCCCACAUCUAAACAUUUAUUUAUGUUGCAAACAAUAUACCCAUCCCCACCACCCCCCGGGGUUAAAUGUCAUAUGCCUCUCUGAAGAAAUUAGCAGAAAUAUAAACACCCUCUCAAACAACACCAUUCACUUUAGCACAGCCACGCAACAAUAAAGCCAUUAUUAUUCAUGGAUCAGUCCAUUCCGUGGCCAUGCUGUAACUGUUACAUUAUAUGCUGUCACACGCUGUUGUUUUCUACAAAUCUGUGUCAAUCCAUUGGUAAUUUUGUUCUGUUUAUUCCUGACAGAUUGUCACCACUGUCCACAAAACCAUGUCAUACCUGGACAAUACAUGUUAACAUUGAAUCCACUAGCUGCAGACAUCGGUAUGAGCUUCCCAUGAGAAACCGGAACCGUGAGCCACAGAGCUUGUUUUAUCAAAGGAAGAAAUGCCCGUCUCUCUCCUUAAUACUCUGUGCAAGAUGUAUUAUAAUCACUGUAAUAUUAAUAAACCCAGAUUGUGCAAUAUUCACUAUAUUAAUUACACUCACACUAGUAAACCCAGAUUGUACAAUAUUAUAGAACUAAAAUGUCAUUUAUAACAAAACAAUGUAUCUUAUUUACACAGACUGAUUUCUAAACACAUUUAUUGUAGUUUAAAGACACAUUACUGGGAGUAUUAUUGCUGUGGAGCUCCGUUAUACACUCAGAGACAUUACUGGGAGUACUAUUGCUGUGGAGCUCCGUUAUACACUCAGAGACAUUACUGGGAGUAUUAUUGCUGCGGAGCUCUGUUAUACACUCAGAGACAUUACUGGGAGUAUUAUUGCUGUGGAGCUCUGUUAUACACAGACACAUUACUGUGAGUAUUAUUGCUGUGGAGCUCUGUUAUACACACAGACACAUUACUGGGAAUAUUAUUGCUGUGGAGCUCUGUUAUACACUCAGACACAUUACUGGGAGUAUUAUUGCUGUGGAGCUCUGUUAUACACUCAGACACACUACUGAGAGUAUUAUUGCUGUGGAGCUCUGUUAUACACUGAGACACAUUACUGGGAGUAUUAUUGCUGUGGAGCUCUGUUAUACACUCAGACACAUUACUGGGGGUAUUAUAACUGUGGAGCUCAUUACUGGGGGUAUUAUAACUGUGGAGCUAUAUUAUACACUCAGACACAUUACUGGGACUAUUAUUGCUGUGGAGCUCUGUUAUACACUCAGACAUAUUACUGGUUGUAUUAUUGCUAUGGGGCUGUUAUACACUCAGACACAUUACUGGGAGUAUUAUUGCUGUGGAGCUCUGUUAUACACUCAGACACAUUACUGGGAGUAUUAUUAAUGUGGAGCUCUGUUAUACACUUAAACACACCAACAGUAUGGAGCUCCUAGAAAAAGAGGGACAUUGGGGGAGGGGCUGACCAACAUGGCGUCUAGACAUCUCUCUUGAGAGUUCCCUGAGACACGCUGCAUAAUCUGAACUCUUGAGCUGAAUCAGCAAUUAUCCACAAGCGCACUGCUUACUAUUAGAUUUCGGAACCGACAGACUGGUCUGUGAACGUGACCCGCGGUCUCCUAAAUCAAUCUAGACGCAAAGCUCCAACGAGGCCCAGCUCACACUACUGGAGGGAGAGGUGGCCGGUGUUCUCUACAGCUGUACAGGCCCCAGAGAGAGUGUGCAGCUUAUCGGAUAGGGACACAUGUAUGAGUGUGGGAUGGAUGAUGCAUGAUUGGCUAUAUGCUACGUGUGGGAUGGAUGAUGCAUGAUUGGCUAUAUGCUACGUGUGGGAUGGAUGAUGCAUGAUUGGCUAUAUGCUACAUGUAUGAGUGUGGGAUGGAUGAUGCAUGAUUGGCUAUAUGCUACAUGUAUGAGUGUGGGAUGGAUGAUGCAUGAUUGGCUAUAUGCUACAUGUAUGAGUGUGGGAUGGAUGAUGCAUGAUUGGCUAUGUGCUACAUGUGGGAGUGUGGGAUGGAUGGUGCAUGAUUGGCUAUAUUCUACAUGUGGGAGUGUGAGAUGUGAGGAAGUGGGUGGUGACAAAGCAGACUGACCUCAGUGCCACUUAGGAGCCGGGCCAGCAACAAGUUUCCUGUGAUCCUCCUCCUCCUGUUGUUUGGGCCUGUAGGAUAUUCAGCCUGUGGCAUGGACAUUGAGACUAUGUUGUCUGCCCUCAGGGCUAGUGCAGCAGCAGUCGGAGGCCGGCAGCUCCGCGAGCAGUUUGGGCGCCUGGCGAUGUGGCUCCCCCUCCCUGCCCCCUGCGGUACCCUCCCUGGGUGGCCGGUCCAGCGCGGGUCGGCGCACCUGCCCUCCGGCUCGGCUGAGCCCAACUGCCUCCCCUCGGGCGCGGUACAGGAGCCGCAGCCCGGGCCCGCGCGCAAGAACCACGUGGCACGCGGCCUGAAACGUCUCUGGCCGCCCCGGUCUUUCCCGCUGCCUCUCAUGUGGGGCGCCAUUCUUUGGCCAGGCGUUCAGCCCGGGUGGCGAGCGGGAUGCCGCCCGGGGCCCCCACCUCACGGCCGCCGUGUGGGGAGGUUUCUUCCCCCGAUUCUGGGCUCUCUGGCCCUCAUGGUCCCCCCCUCCCUUCCCCCUCACUUGUUCUCCCCACUCCUGGGGGGUCAGCUGGGCGGGUGUCCCCCCUGGUCAUCUCUGGGGGUGGGGGUGUCCCCCGCGGUCCCUGGGCCUCUGGGCCCCAUUCAACCACCUUAUCUGCCCCUCCCCCGUCCUCUGGGGGGUCCACGGGCUUAGUGGUUCCCCCCUCCUCCCCUGCUCUUGCUCCCACUCCCUUUCUCUUGUGCCCGGGGGUCCCCCCCGCCGGGUCCUCACUCCUGGGGACCUCCUCUGGGCCUCCUGCCCUCUCUCUAUGUGACCUCCCCUGCUCCUCCCUUCCCUCUUUCCUACUCUGCCUUCCUCCCCCCUGUGUCCUCCCCUCCCCUGGCCACUGGGUCCCACCUGCCCCUCCACCCCCGGCUUCCUCAGGCUCUGGGUGCUGUUACUGGAUCCGUCCACCAGAUGGCGCCUGGAGCUCUGGUGAAUAUGGACACUGCUGUUCAUGCCAUGGAAUCCUCUCCACAUGUUGCUGCUUCUGCUCUGGUGCCGCCAGCAGGUCCUGGGGCACCGCCAGGUGAGUCACAUGUUCCUGCGCUUGCUGGGGCGUCCACGCUGGGUGGGUUCAUGUUGGGUCUGCGGGAGAUUUUUUCCCAGUGGGAGCGAGGGGCGCUAGCACAGGGAUCCCAUGGGUUGGAUGGUCAGCUGCGUUCUGUGUGGUCCCCUCCGUUGCCCCAGGCGGGUUCAGCCGCGGGAGGGGGCGCGGGUUCGGUUCCUGGCGCGGUGGUUAGCAUUCAUGCGACUCCGUCUCCCGUGCCCGCCACGGGGGGGUGGCGACGGGGAGGUGCUGGAUAGUACAGCAGGUGUCGCUGACGUGGCUAGAGGGGCAGCAUAUAUGUGCUGGUCGGGUCUCCUUGGCUUGCAUCUAAAGCCUGAGGUCAAGGACAAGAUCUGGAAAGGGGAAUUCGUGGAGAUAUUUUCCCUGUUGCCCUUGGAGGACGCAUCCUCUCUGGGGGACAAGGAGGAAAAAGAGUCAGACAAGGAUAGGGAGAAGUUCCAUUACAGGAAGAUUCCAAAAACUUUCGGGAACUGGGUGCGGGCGUUUUCCAUUUUGGCGAGCGUGAUUGGGGAAAAGGCACUGCUCAGCGCUCUUUUGCUAUCAGGACACCAUUUGUAACGCGUGUCGGACCUAUGGCGGCCUGGGUUGGUGGUGCUAUGACGAACAAUUUCGGCAGCGGCUCGCUGUCCGCCCCUCUAUCUCGUGGGAUCAGAUGGACAUUGGCCUGUAGCUGUCCAUCAUGACUCGCGCGGUGACGCACAAAGGGGGACAUCGUCCUUUCUUAGGGGGGGGAGGGGGCGGUUCUGCCCCAUCGGCCUCACACAGGCGGCCGGGCUGUUGUUGGAAGUUCAACGACAGCCAAUGCAAGUGGGGAGCAACAUGUCGUUUUAAACACGAAUGCUCCCAUUGCGGGGGUGCCCACACGGCAUCCCGCUGCUUUAAGCGGGGUAAGUCUGGGGACAAAGGCAAUGUGGGGACUAAGGGCGAAGACGCCAGUGGCCGUGGACGGGAUGCGCCCCUGGCUCGGCCGUUAUAGGAACCGCCGGGCCGCGGGGUUGCUGCUGGAGGGGUGUACCCAGGGGUUUUGGAUUCCCUUCUCGGAGCACCCCUCCAGCGCCUGGUGCUACGGUGCCUGUGCCUUAACGUGUCUUGUAGGGCGCUGCAUGUUCCGGGGGUUCACAAUGUAAUUGCGGAUGCUUUCUCUCGUUCGCAGUGGUCGGAGUUCCGGGCAGCUGCACCCCACGCGGACGAGGAUGGGUGCCAGUGUCCAGUGGAACUAUGGUCCCUGGGCUCGACGGGCUGAUGGACCUGGUUCGAGGGUCUGUGUCGAGUUCCACUUGGGCCAGAUACUCGAAGGUAUGGGCGGAAUAGCUCGAGUGGGAGACAGGUCUGGGGGUUUUCCAGGAUACGCCCGCUCGAUUGCGGGGUUUGUUGAACACUUGGGUGUCGGCGGGCAUGUCGCCUUCGGUGGUGUCCUCGCGCCUGGCUGGGCUGAGUUUUUUCUUUAAGCUGCAAGGGUGGGGGGACGUGACCAAGGAGUUUGUGGUGAGGCAGGCGUUUAAGGGGCUGUGUAGGGGUCGGGUUACGGUGGAUACCCGGAGGCCGGUGUCGCGGCUGCUCCUGGCGCAAUUGUGCCAAGUGCUCCCGCAGGUGUGCUUCUCGGACUUCGAGGUGCGGCUUUUUCACUUGGCCUUUUCGUUUGCUUUCUUUGGGGCCAUGAGGAUUGGGGAGUUGGUGUGUCCAAGCAGGGUGACCAUUGGGGGAAUCCUCUUCUCGGAUGUCAGGGACGGGACUUGGCUGGGUAUGCCGGAUCAGGAGGUACAGCGAAUAGGGAGGUGGGAAUCCAAGAGGUUUGUCUCUUAUGUGCGUCCUGCCGGUCUCCUGAGCUAGACUGUUUUGUUUUCCUCCCCAGGUUGGGUCCCCUACAAGAUUGGCCACUCCUAUAUCCACUGGACGAGGCAGAGAUCGGCAGUCCAGCCAGGGGGGGAGCGUCUCGGUCUCACACCGGUAACUGCGGAGGUACGGUGGUUCGGGGUCAGAGGCAUGAGGUGGGUCCCACUCCUCCAUGACUUGGUCAGGCUUUCCCGCUUGCUCGGGGCUCCAUCGGUUUUGAUUAUCCAUCUGGGGUGGUAACGAUCUGGGGACCGUGCCUGUGGGGGGCUGGUGGACAUGGUUAGGAGAGACUUGUCCCAGAUCUUGAUCUUGUUCCCCGACAUAUCCUUGAUUUGGUCGGAGUUAGUGGCAAGGAAUUUUUGGUGGCAGGCUCACAGCCAGAGUGCGCUGGAGCGCAGCCGCAAGAAGUUUAAUCGGCGGAUUGCGGAGUUUGUAACGGGGGUUGGGGGAAUCUCGAUACGGCACCAGGUUUUUGAAAAAGAUGCGGUACAUUUUUUUCGACCCGAUGGGGUGCAUCUGACGGGGGUCGGGCUCGACCUGUUUAACUUGGCGCUUCAAGAAGCUUUGGAACAGGCCAUGGGGGGUUUCGGUGGGGGCCCCCGCUGAUUUUAGGCUUAAAACAGCAGGGUUUGUGGUGGGGCAUGUCCUUGCCAAAUAAGGGAGAUUAGAUGAAAAGGGGGAUAAUGGCCGGGUCUCAUCCUCCUCCUGUCUCUUAUGGGGAACCUGGAGGAGGUACCAGGUUGGACGUGUCCCCACUGGGUUGUAAGUCGACCGGUGGGGAGCAUUAUGGUUGGGCCCCACCGAGCGGAAAACCGGCUGGUGGGGAGCCCUGAAAAGGAAGAGGUUUUAUUAUGCCGAGGGGGGGAGGUGAGAGCCUUGGGGAAGUUAGAUUGUCAAGGACGGUUUCUUGAUUACUGUAUAAAAAGUGUUUAUUAUAAUUUAUUAUGUUAUAUGUUUAAGGAGUUAUACAGUAUUUGGUUGUGUUAAUAAAUGCUGUGGCCUGUUUUCCCAAGAAUUUGUCUGUCGUUAUUUGAAGGUGUAAGUUGUGUUUUUUUAUGGGGGAUAAAGGGAAUGCUAUCCAAUGCCCACUACGUACAUAAAAGGCCCCAGGGAGAGUGCGCAGCUUAUCGGACAGAGGCACAUGUAUGAGUGUGGGAUGGAUGGUGCAUGAUUGGCUAUGUGCUACGUGUGGGAGUGUGAGAUGUGAGGAAGUGGGUGGUGACAGAUCAGACUGACCUCAGUGCCACUUAGGAGCCGGGCCAGCAACAAGUUUCCCGCCCACCCUCCCUUUGCUGCUUUGGGCCCGGGUGGUUGUCACAGUGAGGGCAUGUCCUUGCCAAAUAAGUGAUGGUAGAUUAGAUGAAAAGGGGGAUAAUGGCCAGGUCUCAUCCUCCCCCUGUCUCUUAUGGUGAACCUGGAGGAGGUACCAGGUUGGACGUGUCCCCACUGGGUUGUAAGUCGACCAGUGGGGAGCAUUAUGGUUGGGCCCCACUGAGCGGAAAACCGGCUGGUGGGGAGCCCUGAAAAGGAAGAGGUUUUAUUAUGCCGAGGGGGGGAGGUGAGAGCCUUGGGGAAGUUAGAUUGGCAAGGACGGUUUCUUGAUUACUGUAUAAAAAGUGUUUAUGUUAAUUUAUUAUGUUAUAUGUUUAAGGAGUUAUACAGUAUUUGGUGAUGUUAAUAAAUGCUGUGGCCUGUUUUCCCAAGAAGUUGUCUGUCGUUAUUUG